AUGUCGUCCUACUCCCAAGAUGACGAUCACGAUCCCCAGGCGGACGAGCUCCGCGAGACCGCUUUGGUCACCCUCGAGACAUUGAUUAGUGCUUGCGGUCCCCAGAUGCAACCCUACCUGCCCAACACCAUUCGAUCGGCCCUCAGAUACCUCAAGUAUGACCCUAAUGUUGCCGACAUGGAGGAAGACGAAGAAAUGGGGGGCACCCAGGAAGCUGGUUCCGACGAUGACGAGACAGAGGAACCUGACCUCGAUGAUGAUGAGUUCGAAGAUUUUGAGGAAGAAGGAGGGUACAGUGACAUUGACGACAUGAGCUGGAAGGUUCGUCGAUGCGCUGCGAAGCUUCUCUACACAGUCAUCUCGUCCUACGGCCGUGGUCGCGCGCUUGACGACGCAUCGCUCUACCAACAGAUCUCGCCUGCUCUCAUUUCUCGAUUCAAUAAAGAGCGUGAAGAAAGUGUCAAACUGGAAGUUGUAUCGACAAUGACUGCUCUCGUUCGCAAGACCGGCGAUGGGGCCAUUAUAAUGACGUCAAAUGGAUUCCUGGAGUCUGUCGGCGGGUCAAAGAAUUCCAGGAAGAGAAGACGCCAGGACAGCGAUGCCAGCAUGAUUGACUUCGAGCCAAGCAUUGGAACCUCUUCGGCAGUCAGCACGCCCGUAAUUGCCCCAUCGUCUCCCAAGUCUGGCGCUCAGGCCGACUUGGCCCGUUCGGUGCCCAUUAUCAUUCAGAAUCUAGUGAAAAUGUGGAAGUCAGCGUCCGUGCCCUUGAAACAAGCCAUCAUCAUCUUGCUCAAGAGCCUCGCUCUCGUACGCUAUGGUGGUCUCGCCGAUCAUCUGCAACAGAUUGAAGACCCCAUCGCGGAUGUGCUCAAGUCCUCCGUGUCCGGCGGUUCUUCGGCCGUCGCAGGCGCUUCGGCCAGUGCGGGCACCCUGCAAACCGAGACUCUCAGCCUAAUUGCUGCUAUUGCGGAAACGCACACCUCUGACGCUCUCCUCCCGUUCCUCAUCGCCCUUAUCCCUGGUGUCAUUGGGACGGUCAACGACAGAAAUUACAAAGUGAGCAGUGAAGCACUGGGUGCCGUGGAACAGAUCGUGAAGGCUCUCACCCCGCCUCGUGUGUCGUCAACAUCACAAGACCUCGCAUCACAGCUGGAGAAAUUGUACGAUGUUGUUCUCAGCCGCAUCACCGACACCAGUGCUGAUUUGGAAGUCCGCCAACGGGCGAUUCAUGUUUUUGGAGUACUACUGGCUCGCACUUCGGGCGAGAAGGGCGCAGCCUUCCUGUCUCCGGACCGUCGAUCUAAAGGUCUUUUGAUCUUGGUCGAUCGUCUUAAGAACGAGACCACACGCCUUGCAGCUGUCCGUGCCGUCGACGACGUUGCGGUUCUCUGCGAGCGUGAUGCAGACGUUACUCCAGACUGGGUCAGUGAAGUCACAACAGAGCUGGGCGCUCAGCUACGCAAGUCAGACCGCGUUCUGAGAGGUGCCAGCUUGGAGGCGCUCCGUAGCCUGGCUAUGAACCCCUCCACACGUGCCCAUUAUGAUAAUGAGACGAUGAGCAAGUUGGAGGACUGCAUUUUGCCCCUCAUUAGCGCCGAAGAUUUCCACUUCCUCGCUCCGGCUCUCAUUAUCCUCGCCAAGUUGAUCCCAGGAAACUCCCAGCUCUUGGUCAACGAAAGCCUAGUCUCUACGAUCUGCUCGAUCGUCCUCUCGCCUUUGGUGGGCACGGUGUUGAAGGCACUGCUGCUCCUUGUCAAGGUCAUCGGUGAGGAGGGUGCAGGCGCCUCUCUCAUGAAGAAGCUUUUGAGGGAUGUCGGUAUCAACGGCGACACUUCCGUUGUUGGAAGGGCAAUCGGGACUCUGUUAGUCCAUGGAGGUCCGAAGUUGGGUGUUAAGAUGGAGGAUUUCCUGGCGGAGCUGGAAACGGCCCAGGAUGCUCAGCGUAAAUGUCUUGCCUUGGCAAUCCUUGGUGAAAUUGGCCUGCGUAUGGGCUCUGGCUGCUCGCUGACGCCUGCCCUGUUCAUCUCACACUUCAAUUCCAAAUCAGACAAGGUUAGAUUGUCCGCCGCCGUUGCUCUUGGCAAUGCCGCUGCCGGCAACGUGAAAUCUUAUCUGCCAACCAUUCUGGGUGGUCUCGAGAAGUCUAACCCUCAGAGUUAUCUUCUUCUUCACUCCGUCAAGGAGCUGCUUCAGCAUCCUGAAAUAGUCCGACCGGAUGUGGCACCUUCAGCACUCAAACUCUGGCAGGCGCUACUCGUUGUAUCUGAGGAGGAGGACAACCGGGCCGUCGGCGCAGAGUGUGUCGGUCGACUUGCUCUGAUUGACCCUGUUGCGUAUAUCCCACACUUCCAGGAAUGCCUGUCAAGUCCCGAUCCAAGCAUUCGUGGGGUUGUAAUCUCUGCGUUCCGCUACACCCUGUCCGAUUCGAGAGACACUUACAAUGACGUUUUGAGACCAAUGAUAGUGCCUCUCUUGGUCAACAUGCUCAGCGAUCGUGAUUUGGGCAAUCACCGUCUCGCCCUGACGACAUUGAACUCUGCGAUCCACAACAAAAUGGACAUUAUUCUCCCACAUCUCAGUGAGCUGUUGCCUGCGGUAUUCGGUGACACUAAGAUCAAGCCGGAACUUAUCCGUGAGGUCCAAAUGGGUCCGUUUAAGCACCGGGUCGAUGACGGCCUGGAAUUGCGAAAGAGCGCAUACGAAACUCUCUAUGCAUCGCUUGACACGACGUUCAGUCUUUCUCACGUUUCCGAAUUCUUUGACCGGAUCCUAGCCGGCAUUGACGAUGAACAGGACAUCCGCACCAUUUGCAAUCUCAUGACGUCCAAGCUUAUCACCCUUGCACCUGAAGAAACCCAACGCUAUCUGGACGCUCUCUCCGAGCGUUACAGCGCGGUGUUGUCUUUCAAGCCCAAGGAUAAUGCAGUGAAGCAAGAUCUUGAGAAAGCCCAAGAAGCUUCCAUGGGUGUACUCAAGAUCAGUCGCGAGCUAUGCAAGGCAUUCCCCAAUGCAGAGGCGAGUAGCGAGCACCACAAGUGGAAGGCAUAUAUGGAAUGGGUCCGCAAGACUUUUGCUGGGCAGUUAAAAUCGCUAGACACGGAAUUUUAA